AGAAAUGCGCCUCGAAAUAUUGCUUCUCGUGGAAUCCUGAUCGAUGUCCAUGGAAAAGAUCACGAAUUGGUAACCGUGACAUACGACGUUCGCCUUUACGCAAGUUGUGGUACAAAGGAGAACAACUACCAACCAUGUACAAGCAAGUCAAUCGCCAAUAAGUUAUUUAAAUCAUGCUGUGAUAUGUACGUACCGGAGGAAUGCCAUUUCAUGUGCAACUACGAAGCUGAUCAAAGUCGAGCAAGGGAAAUGUUACAUGACUCACCUAGUGAGGAGAAGCGAUGUAGUAUUCGGAAUAGGGAUAAUCGCAAAUGUUGUGAAGAUCUCGACUUGAAUGCGACUCAACUCCAGGUUGGCUCCCGGUGUCUUCGUAUGUGCGAUCCCUCCGGUACUGCAGUUGAGAGAAUGACAAAGGAAGAUAUCACAUGUUUGUAUAACUGGAAUGUUAUUAUGUAUUGUCACCAUGCCGGAAUUCGAGAAAUGUGA